AUAUAUAAGACUCCAGCUUCACCUUCUCCCAACACACAAGUACUCACAACUUGACAACAUGAAGACUGCUGUGAUCCUCGCUGUGGUUGCUGUGGCACUGGCCGACAAACUGGCCCCCGUCCCCCUGCCCGUCGCCAUCCUCCGCAGCCAACAGGUCAACCCCGACGAGUUCGGUGCCCACAGCUCCGACUUUGAGGCAGAGAACGGCAUCCAGUUCCAGUUUUCUGGGUCUCAGGGAGCCACAGGAGGCUCCAACAUGAUCGGCUCUUGGAGCUACCUCCAGGAGGACGGCAGUGUAGCGUCAGUCCAGUUCGUGGCUGACGAGAACGGUUUCCAGCCCCAGUCCGACCUGCUGCCCGUGGCCCCCGCCUUCCCCCACCCCAUCCCCCAGUUCGUCCUCGACCAGAUCGCCUUCGCUGAAGAAGAGAAUAAACGCAAGGCUGAAGAGGACAAUUAGAAGUGUCUAGAAAAAAUCUGUCCCUGUAUCUGAACUCUCCUAACUCUUAAAUUUUUCUAAAGAAUGAUGUAAUGAAGCAUUUGUCAGUGAUGUCUGAUUAAUGACAUUAUUUAUAUUUUAAUUUAUGAAUAAAUGUCUUGUUGAUUGUAAAUAAAAAUCCUAGGAAUCAAAA